AUGUGUAAGAAGCAGCUGGGUAUAACGACCAGUUAUGAGCAGAACCGGGAGAAAACCAGGGGGAAAGGGGAAACCGUGAGGCGAGGAAAGAGGGUAGACAGGAACGGGGAGAAGGAAGGGAAUGGUGGGGAGGGGUGUAGAAGGAGAACGGGAGCCAAGCCAAGGAGACAAGAGCCGCCGGGAGAGAGAACAAAAGCGAACAGAGACCGAGCAUCGGGGUAUCCCAACCGACAGGCAACAACUAUAAGCACCGAAGCCUAA